CAUUUUAUUUAUUUCUGUAACUCGUCCGAACACUCACCGCCACCGCAGCUCAAGACCCUUAAACCCUGCUCUCUCAACACACUCGAUUUCCAGAACCAGACGUCAAAACGGCACCGUCUUUCCUUCCCAAAAUUCGACUGAAGAAUCUCGUCGUCAGCUCUGCAAUUCAAACUUCGUAUUGAAGAUGUCGAGGAUUUGCGUCAAGAAUUUGCCCAAGCAUGUGAAGGAGGACCGGCUCCGGGAGUUCUUCUCGGCGAAAGGAGAGAUUACGGACGCGAAGCUGAUGCGGACGAAGGAGGGGAAGAGCCGGCAGUUCGCGUUCAUCGGGUUCCGGACGGAGAGGGAAGCUCAGGAGGCCAUGAAAUACUACGACAGGUCGUUUUUAGAUACUUGUAGGAUUAGUUGUGAGAUUGCGAGGAAGGUUGGGGAUCCGGAGAUUCCGCGGCCGUGGAGCCGGCAUUCGAAGAAGGAAGGGGGAGGGGGUGGAGGCGAGGAGAAGAGCAAGAAGAAGGAGGAGCGCGGUGGUGGAGUGAAAAGCCGGAGUCUUGAGGUGAAAGAUGAGAGUGGUGAUGUUAAGCUUCAGGAGUUUUUGGAGGUGAUGCAGCCGAGGGCUAAGUCGAAAUUGUGGGCGAACGAUGCAGUGGCGGCUCCUGUGGCUGAGAAAAUUGGGAAAAGCAAGAAGGAAGGCGAGGAGAAAUCAGGAGCUGAGAACAUUGGAAAAACCAAGAAGGAUAGUGAGGAGAAAUCAGUUCCGGCGGCUAUGGAGGAGGUAGAGAAAGGUGUUAAGAAGAAUGAUAAACGCAAUGUAGCUAAGGACGAUGUUAUUUCGGAUAUGGAUUACUUCAAAAGCAGAGUGAAGACUGAAUGGUCAGAUUCCGAAAGCAGUGGCUCAGAGGAUAAUGAUGAUGAUGGUGAUGAGGAGGAGGAGGAGGAGAAAGAGUCUCGAAAAGUCAAUGCAAAGGAGCAAAUUAGAGUUCACGAAGAAAAGGAUGGAGAGAAGGGGCCUUCUGAGGAUGCUAAUGGCCAAGUAAUUGACGAGAGCAAUCCGUCAUCCAAUUCGAAUGAUGAGAAUGAAGAAGCUUUCGAGAGUGGUCGUCUUUUUGUUCGUAAUCUGCCAUUUACAGCAACUGAGGAGGAGCUGGAAGAGGCUUUUAGCAAAUUUGGAGAUGCACAGGUCCAUCUUGUUAUUGAUAAAGAGACGAAUCGUUCCAAGGGAUUCGCUUAUGUUCUUUACAAGCUUCCAGAAUGUGCAGAAAGGGCAUUAGAAGCAUUAGAUGGUUCAAUUUUCCAAGGAAGAUUGUUGCAUGUUAUGCCAGCAAGGCAAAAGAAUCCAACUGAGAAGCUAGGGGCUGAUGAUUCAGCAAGCCAAGCUUCAAAAUCUCUUAAGAAACAAAGGGAGGAUAAGAGGAAAGCAUCUGAAGCUAGUGGUGAUACAAGAGCAUGGAACAGUUUGUUUAUGCACCCUGAUACGGUUGUUGAGAACAUAGCUCGGAAGUAUGGUGUGAGCAAGGGUGAUUUGCUUGACCGAGAAGCUGAUGAUCUUGCUGUACGGAUUGCUUUGGGAGAAACUCAAGUGAUUGCAGAGACCAAAAAGUCUCUUACAAAUGCUGGUAUAAAUGUGGAAUCUUUAGAGAAUUUUGCUUCUGGGAAAACUGAUGGUGUUAAAAGAAGCAACCAUGUUAUACUGGUGAAGAACUUGCCUUAUGGUUCUACUGAUGGUGAACUGGCGAAGAUGUUUGGGAAAUUUGGGAAUUUGGAAAAAGUCGUUCUCCCGCAGACGAAGACAUUGGCCUUGGUUGUUUUUCUUGAACCUGCUGAUGCUCGAGCAGCUUUUAAGGGUUUAGCAUAUAAGCGCUACAAGGAUGGUCCUUUAUAUUUGGAGUGGGCUCCCGGCAAUGUUCUUAGUCCAAGUUCAACAACAGAGAGCAUUGAAAAGAACAAUGCUGUUGUUGGUGAGCAUGAUGUCAAAAGGGUUAUGUUAGAGCAGUAUGUGGGAGGACUAGCAGAUGUGGACGCUGAUCCAGAUAGAGUUGAGUCACGAUCUCUAUAUGUGAAGAAUCUGAGCUUUAAGACAUCAGACGAGAGUUUGAAAAAGCAUUUUAGUGGACAAGUGAAGGAGGGAAAACUAUUAAGUGUCAAGGUAAAGAAACACUUGAAGAAUGGGAAGAAUGUUUCAAUGGGUUUUGGUUUUCUGGAGUUCGAUUCUGUGGAGACGGCCACAAAUGUUUGCCGGGAUUUACAGGGAACUAUUUUGGACGGGCAUGCUCUUAUUUUGCAACUGUGUCAUGCCAAGAAAGAUGAAGUGCCUAAAAAGGUUGACAAGGAUAAAAGUUCGACAAAAUUACUUGUGAAAAAUGUAGCUUUUGAGGCCACAGAGAAAGAACUGAGACAGCUAUUUAGUCCAUUUGGCCAGAUUAAAAGUUUACGGUUGCCAAUGAAGUUUGGACAGCAUAGAGGAUUUGCAUUUGUAGAGUUCAUCACAAAGCAAGAGGCCGAAAAUGCUCUUAAAGCGCUUUCGAGCACCCAUUUGUACGGUCGCCAUCUGGUUCUGGAGAGAGCAAAGGAAGGUGAGAGCUUGGAAGAACUACGAGCGCGAACAGCUGCUCAGUUCGCAGACGAGCAAAACGGGGUUUCCAGGAAGAGGAAGCACUUGGCCACCUCGGACGAAGGCAAAUUCAAAUUUGAGAGAAUUGAAUGAGAUUUCAGUUUGGUAUGUACCGUCUGCGUUAGAUGAUUAUCUGAGUUGUUGUUUUCUUUUGUUUUAUGGUAUAAUUAAUUUUAAUUUUGUUAGGGUAGCCCCAGUUUUGCUUUGAUGGGAUCAUACAAGUUUUGUGUAAAUUAACAAAUGCUACUCUGAUUGCAUAAAUGUUCAAAUUUAAUUGGUCAUUCACCACA